AUGGACAUGUCUUCAGAAGAACUGCACUAUGAUUUUGACUCGAGAUCGCACCCAUACUACGACAGUCAAAGUUGGGCUCUCGAUGUGACAUCUAUGGUUCCGCAAGGUACAGACACCAAACGAAACAUAUCUCCCAUACACUCUGGUGUGCAUGGGUUACGACAGACCACGAUGGGUGAGCAUCCGAUGAUGGGAGACUGGCAUUUCCAACAGCAGCUGCAACAACAGCAGGUUCGACAGCAGCUACAGCAACAUCAUCACGACCAACAGCAAAUUGCUGGUCAACAACCAGGCCAGCACCCACACACUCACCACCAGCAGCCAUAUAUUCCACACCAUCCUCACACGACGUCGCAGGCUCCAACGCAACAGUAUAUUGAAUAUCACCAACAACAACAGUCAAUCGAUGGCUCUUUCGAUGGUAUUCUGCAUUCGAUGUCCUUGCCCACUGCAACGAGUAUGAUCCCAGUCAACCAAGCAUUACCCGUCACGUUACCACUCGAGCAGGCCUACAUGUCAAUCCCACCAUCACUCGAUGGCAUGCACGAUUGGACAGGUUUUCGAUCGGAACUAGUUAGUUAUCGUACCCAGGACAUUGGGCCCUACAAUGGCCCUGUUUCUCCCUACCAACAGCAGACUAGUUCUCCCACUGGCUCUCACUACGAAAUACUGUCGCAACAUUCAGACGAAAAUGGCUGGUACCUUGUCGACGGCAGAACCUCCUUUGAAUCCAGUGAACGCUCCCUGUGUGUCGAUCCAUCAUUCACCUUGCAUGAUCGGACCGUCUCCGAGUCUUCCCACUCUGAUAGUGGUCUGUAUGCCAACCUAGAUAUGGGCGUAGCCCAGGCAGUCUACUCACCAAUAUCCUUCUCCGACAGUGACUGGGAAUCAUAUCAAUAUACUCACCGUCAUUCUAUUGACCUUGGCUCCAAUGUCGAUCACAAUACCAUGGUUCAGCCUAUCACGAUCCCUAGCAGCUCUAAGAUCUCCUCGCCCGUCUUGCGUUCGCCCGUCUCACAGACUUCAGCAGGAUCACCAGGUCGGAAGACCGGCAAAAAGAGUCCGAUUGUCGCUAAGGGCACUGAGAGAGUCACCAAGAAGACGUCGCAAGGUGGACGGGAGGAGAAGCGUGUAGGCAAGAGGAAGGGUCCUCUCAAGCCAGAACAAAGAAAACAAGCUAGCGAGAUAAGGAAACUUCGAGCAUGCUUGAGAUGCAAAUUCUUGAAGAAGACUUGUGAUAAAGGUGAACCAUGUGCUGGUUGUCAACCUUCGCAUGCUCGACUGUGGCAGGUACCCUGCACACGUAUUGACAUCAAGGAGAUUGGGUACUUCCUCAAGGAUAAAAAGUUUGACUAUGAACGUCAUGUAUCGCUUGGCUUCUCCGUGGGCAACAUCAAAGGCUUCUCAGAUGCCGAGAAAACCCUAUAUAUCACACAUGGUUAUGGUCAUAUGUUGCCAAUUACUGCUCGGGAGGUCUACGUCCGUGACGACAAGUGCUUGAAGAUGGACUGGGUCGAGGCUAAUAAGGGCGCUGCUGGUUAUGAAGUUGCUACUGCCAAACUGUCGGCUGGCACUGAGGGUAUUUCGACAACGAUGCUUUCAGACUACCUUGAUCAGCACAUAGAUGGUGGAAAUACGUUCGUCAAAUUUGUCGACGACUACUUCGAGGGCACCCCAUUCUUGUCGGAAAUGCUCAAAGCUGGGUACAACUUUUAUGCCAAGACACAUUCGAAGAUCAUCAAGAAGGCACUGAAGCUGAUGCUUGCCUACAACCUAACCCUACAUAUCACUAUGAUUGAAGGAGUCCCACUUGAGGAGUCAUUCAUCGGCAAGAUUGAAGACAAAUCUUCCAAGUUUUAUGGUAAGACGAUGGCACCUGUGAUGAUCAAUUUCCAGAUAAAAUGUGCCAUGGCCGACAUGUGGCGAGAGCUACAUAAAGACGUUCUCGAGGAGCUUUCAGCACUUUACUCAAGUGUAUACAGUGGUGACAAACUCAAAAAUUGGCCGACGAUAUUCAUCCUAGCUUCGAUCCUGCUUGCAGUUUGGGAAUGUAUGCAAUUCGAUUGCCACUACCGUGUUCCGGAUGAGUCUGCUGUAGAGAAAUUUUGCAAUGACAUGGAAACUACUCCUGUGGGUGUUAUCGUUGGAUUAUUCUCUGCUAUCUCGCAGAAGCUACCUUCCAUCCUCGAAUGGGAUACCUCCAAGCAUCAUGCCUUACUGGCUUCGAACUGGGACGUCUGCAAUACUAUGAGCGAAGUUCGAGAGCAUGUAACGAAAUAUGAAUCUUACCUACGCGACCGUCCGAAUGUCAAGUUUGACAGCAAGGACUUUGACUCUUUGUCAAACAAGUUUUUGUCGAGACUUGUACUACGCGACGUUCGCGCGAACUGA